UUUGAAGAAACUGGUUGGCAUACAUUUGGUUUUAUUUUCGUUAUUUGCGUUGUUAUACAGUGGGACUGUUAAAUCUAUAGAUGUCCUACUCGACUUCACCAUGGUUACUUUUUUAAUACUGUGUAUUACGAUAAUAUUCCUUGGAUACAAAUAUUUUACAAGAAAUUUUGACUAUUGGAAAAAACGUGGCGUGCAUACUACGAAACCAACUCCAUUUUUUGGACAUUUUUAUGGAAUUGCCACAUUUACUACUACCUUGUCUGAGUUGAUAAAAGACCUUUACGAUGAAACUGACGAACCCUACUUUGGAGUAUUUGCUUUUGAUAAACCGAUCUUGGUUAUCAAAUCACCGAAAUUAAUUAAAGAUAUAUUAAUAAAAGAUUUUAACACGUUCUGCAAUAGAAGUCUUGCAGAUCCCAGUCAUCAUCACAACUUAUCCAACUUCAUAUUUUGGCAAAAAAUCUCAAAAUGGAGGUAUACGAGGGGAAAGUUAACACCAUUGUUUACAUCAUCAAUGACAAAAACAUUUUUUGAAGAUUUAAAAUUAAUCAAUCAGAAGUUUGUUGAAUAUUUAGAAAAUAUUUCUGGUCCAGUAGAUGCCAAAUAUGUUGCGGGUCAUUACAGCACUGAAAUGAUUGCCCGUUGUUUGUUUGCUUCUGAUCCACGUUGCUUUGAACCUAGCGUAUCAAAGUUCAGAGAGUGCGUGGAAAAAAUAUUUGAGUUUAAUCUGAGAAACGGAAUUAUACAGACUUGCUACUUCUUAAGACAAGGUUUGGUCAAAUUUUUAAAAUUAAAUUUUUUAGACCCUUCACUUAUGUUACAUUUUGAACAAACCUUUUUAAAGGCAAUGGACUCUAGAAAGGAAUAUACUGGUAAACCCUUAAAUAUGGUUGAUAUACUAAAUGAUUUAGAAAGGAAACACGACGGAAAUUAUCCUGAUAAGGACCUAUUAAUAUCCAACGCCAUCUUUUUGUUAAUGGCUGGCCAAGAAACCACUAGCUCUACAGUUGGUUAUACCCUAUAUGAAUUGGCUCUUCAUCCAGAUAUACAGGAAAGGUUAAGAAAUGAAGUUAAAGAUAACUAUGAAAUGUACGAAGGGUUUACAUACGAAGGGAUACAGAAAAAUAAAUAUUUGGUUAUGGUUAUCAAUGAAUCUUUAAGAAAAUAUGGGGUUUUACCAUUUCUCGACAGAGAAGCUGUCACCGAUUAUCGCCUUGAAGGUACAGAUCUCGUCGUUGAAAAAGGAAUGACAGUUUACAUUCCCUUAUUUGCUUUUAUGAGGGAUCCCAAAUAUUUUCCUAAUCCUGAAGAGUUUGACCCUGAAAGAUUUGCUGAUAAUAAUUUUAACACAGAUGAGUUGCUUUAUUUUCCAUUUGGAGAAGGACCAAGAGCUUGCAUAGGUAAGCGUUUAGGAAUGUUAGCUAUUGGUGCAUGUAUAUCACAUGUACUGUUGAAAUUUAAAAUUGAGAAAUGUCCAUCUACUCCUGAUCCAGUUGAAUUUGAACCGAAAUCGUUUGUUCUGCAAUCAAAAUGUGGACUUCCAAUAACCCUAACUCCAAUAUCAUAA